CGGGCUCCGGUCAACUCACUUCUACUGCGCGUGUUGGGGGCGCGUGCCGGCGCACGUUGCGUCUCGCGUUCAGUCGUCAGGCCCUCGCCGUCGGACGCCACUCGCCGACACAACAACAUGGCGACGAGGAUGUUCUUCGCCUCGGUUCCUACCACAGCAAAAAGAACCCGCCCACCUCGAGGCGGCCGGCGGCAGCGACUGGAAUGACGCGCGUCGUGCGUCGGCGCUCGUUAGCCUGCUGGGACGGGAAGGACAGCGGAGGUAUUUCGUGGCAGCCGAACAGGAAGAAGCCCGACACGAGACGAGCAACGCGGCGCCAACUAUGCCGGCGUCUGACCCAGAUUCUUCGGCUCCGGCCGUUAGAAAGUAUGACAGUCUCGUCAAGCAGCUCAACCGGCUUUUCGCCGCGUCCACUAAUCCGCUAGUUGAAGGUCACAAGUUCACUAGUUGUCGUCAACUCCCCGGCGAGAGUUUCCUCGACUUCGUGACAGUCCUGAAGGAGAAAGCCGUACAAUGCAAGUUUGGGCUCACGUACGCGGAACGCGUCCGCGAUCAGAUUAUUCGCGGCUUGUCCAAAGUGCGGGUGAGAGAGAAGGUGCUGGCAUACGGCGAAGAGUUGUCCUUGGAGAAGGCGGAAGAAGUCGGUCGGACGCUCGAAGCGUUGUUCUUGGCGAACCAAGAGUUUAACCCCAGUCAACCUGAACAUGUCGAAGCCGUUGGGCAAGGCGCCCAAUAUGGCGGCGCGAGGAGAAAGAAUGGUCGCGCCAGUCGGGGAGGUAGUGACGUCACGCACCAGGUCCGGGAGGCCAAGAUGGCGACUUUCAGUGGCAGUCGUCGUCGGGGUACCGUGCUCCAGUCCCAAAUGGGAAGUCUCGAGGCGACUUCCAACCUCAAUUGUACGACCACUGUGGAAGCAGAUAGCACCACUCAAGUUUUCGAAAUUGUCCAGCCCGAAGUCGACGUUGCAAUACGUGCAACGCUUGGGGACAUUUCGCGUCGAUGUGCUGCAAGACUGCCCCUGUACAGCGCGUCUCUUCGAGGGGAGCUAUCGACGUCGUACCGGAGCAGCAGGCCUCCACUCAGUUGAACUCAACUUCAAGCUCAUCAGUGUUAUCUUCGGAUCGUCCUUUGUUGUCCGUGCUCAAAGUUAGCACCUCAUCCAGAAAAGACUUAGUCGUCCACGCUGUGGUCGAUGGUGUUACCCUGCGACUAUACUGGUGGAUACAGGAGCGUCUGUAUCCUUGAUGACUGCAGAAGACUUUCAGCGUCAUUUCAGCAAACAGCACAGCCUGUCCAAAGCUGUAGUCGACUUGCGAAACUUCUCCAAGCAGCGCAUCGGGAUCUUUGGCUCCUUCCAAGCUCCAGUCAAAGUGUCGCAGUGGUCUUGCUCCGUGUUCUUCUACGUCAACGAUAAGGGCACAUCGCUUUUUGGCCUUGACGCCAUUCAGCGACUGGGCAUCCAGAUUGACGGCGUGUCGACUCGCAUCAUGUGAAGUGCAGUGUCCCUCCAACGUGCCUUCGGGCUUCGAGCAGCUUUUCAGCGACGAGUUGGGUCUCGUCAAGGGUUGCAUUCAUCGCAUUCAACGGCAUCCAAGCUGAGACGUCUCCCUCUGGCUCUUCGCAAUCAGGUGGCGACCGAGUUGCGACGACUCGAGGACUCGGAUGUCAUUGAACGCGUCGACGCUUCCGAGUGGGUCUCGCCGCUCGUCGUCGUCCGCAAGAAAAAUGGAAGCGUCCGGCUGUGUGUAGAUCUCAGAGAACCGAAUAAGGCAAUUAUCAUCGAUGGGUAUCCUUUGCCGCACGUUGAAGAGUUAUUGCAGAUGUUUCAUGGAGCCACUUGUUUUGCUAAGCUAGACUUAGCGUCAGCUUAUCACCAGCUGUUGUUAGAGGAGAGCAGUAGGGACUUAACGACGUUCAUCACGCAUGAUGGCUUGUUCAGGUUUAAGCGUGUCUGUUUCGGUCUGGCGUCCGCGCCUGCAGUUUUUCAAAAAAUGAUGUCCCAGAUUUUAAAAGAUUGCAAGAAUGUAAUUUGCUAUCUGGAUGAUGUCCUUGUGUGGAGUAGGACUCAGUCUGAGCAUGACGCGAGCCUAAUUGAAGUCUUGACUUGCAUAGCCAACAGUGACAUGAAGUUGAAUGAUAAAUGUCUUUUUUCCGUGAAAAAACUUGGCUUCUUGGGACACCGUAUUUCAGCUGAUGGCAUAUCGCCGUUAGAAAGCAAAGUAAAGGCUAUAGUAAAUGCCCCAGCUCCUACAGACAUUCAGUCUUUACAGUCAUUUUUAGGUCUGGAAGGAUACUAUGCCAAGUUCAUUGAUUACUAUUCAGACCUAGUUGAACCGCUUCGUCUCAUGCUCAGGCAGGGCCAAAUGUUUUGCUUGUCGAAGGAUGCCCAACGCAGUUUUAACCGAGUUGAAAACGCACCUGACUUGUUCGCCUGUCAUUAAGGUGUUUAAUCCUGAGCUACCUGUGGUGGUUACAACCGAUGCAUCUGAUGUGGGCAUCGGGGCUGUGUUACAGCAGCGGUAUGGUCCUAAGCUUGGAACAGUAGCCUUUGCGUCGAGAACCUUGUCAGAUACUGAAAAAAAGUACUGUGGGUGAACGCGAAGCGCUUGCCUUUCUAUUCGCAUGUGUAGAGAGAGAGAGAGAUAAAGAUGCAAGGAAAGGCAGGGAGGUUAACCAGACGCACAUCCGAUUUGCUACCCUGCACUGGGGAAGGGAUAAAGGGGAGAAAAGAGGUUGCAGAA